AUUCACUUCCGUCUCCCGAAAGGACAGUGGAUGAUACGUUCCGGUUCGUCGUUAGCGAUAUUUUCAAACCCGCGGGUUUGGGUCUACCAGUCGUCGCUGGUCGUGUGAUAUCCGGCGGGGUCUCUGCGGGCGUCGGACUAGCUACUAGUCGUCUUCUUUGUCAACCAAGCGGUUUACUAGCUGUGGUGAAAUCCAUUCGCUCAUUGUGCAGUGUUCAGCCUGGAAUGGAGAAUGCGGACGCCGAUGCAACUUCCAACUUUCUGGAUCAAUCAGUCAAGUACGCGUUUGCCGGAGACCAAGUUGCUCUCGUACUCAGCGGUGUUGAUCCCUAUCAGUCGCUCGCUCCAGGUGAUGUAAUCACCGAUCCUGACAAUCCUGUGCCCCUGGCUAGUCGCAUACGAGCCAGAAUUCUGCUCUUCUCCGUGCCUCAACCAGUCACUAGAGGAUACGCGGUCAUACUUUACUACCAUUACACGAGCACUUCGGCCAACAUCUCCAAGCUUAGGUCAAUGACAUUCAAGGAGAACAAGAUGGAGAAAACUGUAUCUAAACCGAGGUGUUUACUGGGCAACUGCACAGCCGAUGUGGAAAUCAUCAUGGAUCGCCAGAUCUGUGUGGAGAUUUACGAAAAAUGUAAGCCGCUUGGAAGAUUCAUGCUUCGCGUCGGCGGAGAGUCGAUAGCUGGUGGCACCGUCACUGCG